GUAAAUAUUGUAUUCAAUAAAAAAAAAAUUACUUGAUUUUAACAAAGUUAUGUUACUUUCUUAUAUUUAACUUGGAACUUUCAAAAGUUAAAAAUAUACCAACUCGACUUUAAGUGUUCAAUGUUAACUUGCUGAUGGUUCUAUACCUGUUUUUGUAUUAUUAUACUAUAAGAAAUUUAGUAAACAUCAAGGGCCAACUAUUUUUCGAUGUUUGUGGUGAACACAGAUCCAUGUCCCCUCCCCCUCUUAAUCCAGGCCGUGCAUGAUAUUAUUUGUAAUGACAUACUGCAAAGUUAAGUUAAGCUCAUACGUUUUGAUGGAGUUUAAGAUUCUUAAAAUGAUAAAAAUAAAUAUUUUUGCUGUUCCGAGUUAUGAUUAUUGUAACAGUAGGUACUUUUUUUUGUAGGUAUAGAAUGCCACUUUUUGUCAAAAAAAUACUUUCUUUGAUGCAGCUAAUUGCUUGUACAAUGACAUAAAAUACCAGUCCCGAGACUAACUUAAGAUAAAGAAAAAUGUUACUAGAUAUAUUUCCUCUGCAAGGAGAACAAAAUAACUGUUGAUUAUGUUUUUAUGACAAUAAACAAAGCGUUAAGCAAAAUAAAAAUAGAAAAAAAAAGUUGUUUCUCUCUGAACAAUAUAUGUACCUAUAUAAAAUUUUUUAAAUAUAUUCAUGAUAUUAAAUUUGUCUUAAAACGCGUUGAAAUUGUUACAAAUCGUGGACAAUAAUCAUAGUUGCAUUAUGAUAUUAUGGUUUACCUACUUCUAUGUUAAUCCACAGGACAAAAUAUCUCAUAAAAAUGUUUCAUCGGAAGUCAGUUCACAUGAUAAAAUUUCGAAUAAAUCAAUGGUUCGAGAAUUUUAUGAGGAAGCCGUGUAACGGAAACGACGUACACAACACUCUAUUGUGACCAAAGAUUACUGUGUAGCCAAGAAAAAUUACCAAGAGUUUAAGAAGCAAACGAAACAAAUAACAAAAAUAAAUAGGAAACAAGUUGAAGGACCACAAUGGUAUCAAGAAUUGUCUGACCAACAGAUUUCUGUACUGGAUAAACUUUUUCAUAAUAUGAAAGAAGACUUUGAUUUGGCCACAACAAAGAGUACUAGACGGGCACUCAAGGCUUUAGGCGUUAGUACGUUUAUCCCACACGCUGUAGUACAAGAUGCUUUUCUCAAAGCUGAACUUUAUGUGAUAGAUUUUUUGCAGACAAUUAAGGAUUAUGUGAUACAAAAGAAUAAGGAUAAGAUCGGCGAUCAUACAAGCAACAUAAAAAAAGAUUAUUUGCCAGAAGAACGGAUUUUAAUGUGUAGUAUACUUCACUUAGCAUAUCCAUGUUUUAUCAAAAGACUAAAUUAUUUUCUCAAAGAUGCCGUACCUGAAAAAAAUCUUAAGUACAUAAAACUUCCAAAAUCAACAAGAUCCACAAAAAAGUAUUCAUCUCCCUAUUUAGAACCAUUACCCCAACCUGAUCACCCGUGGAGUAAAGUGAAAGAGGUCAAGUUUCACAAUAUGAAAGUAAGAAAACAAAGGAUGCGUAAUAAAAUGAAAGCAAUACAACUGCAACAACAGUAUGACAAGGAGAUCGAAGACGAAAUAAAGACAACAAUGCAAAUGAAUAUCACUUGCCCCAAAAACUCAGUGAAUAAAAUGUUUUGCAAACCGCCAGUGUUGAAACAGAUUGAGAAUGAAAAUGAAAAUAAACUAAUUCCGGAAAUCGGGAUUCCUACAGUCGGAGCCAAUAAUUAUGAAGAUGACGUGAUGCAGAGCAGUGGAGUUGUGCAGACCGCAAUCGGUGAGGAGGAGUGGCAGGAGCAGGAGGAUGCGUACCCCAUGACCAGUCGAGAGUUCAUGGAGAGCGAAACAUGGCGUUCCCGUCGAUGGUCGACUGCUUCUGGCGAGACGAUAGUCACGGAAAAUACGUCCACGCCAGAUCACGCCAGACACACACAACCGCCUACGCAAGACAGCUGGUUGAAAAAGCCAUUUGGCUGGCUUAAUGCUGAUUACAAGGCAUCAAACGUUUCGAUCGAUUCGAUCGACGAGUCGUCGACCAGCACCCUAUUUGAAACGAAUCCGCACAAGACGAUUGUAGUGAUCGAUUUCGACAAUUCGGUGGACCCGUUCGAUUGCGACGUGGCCACUGGGGAUAGUGGAAAAAAGCUGGGUGGUGAACAGGAAUAUGACGGCGAGAGCGACGAUGACGUACUGCUAUCUGAAACGUUGCGUGACCUCAAUGUGACUAAAAUGGAUGCGAACGAGGAGAAAAUUUGUCAGAUGUUCCAAAACUACAGCGUCAACGUAGCGACCGGCAACCAGCAGCAGCCGUCAGUGUUUUCGUCUGGAACCGGUAUUACGGUGGCCAAAAUUGAUCGGACCAAACAUGUAGACACACCGUCGAUGAAAGGCGUGCAAGGCUCGCCACAACAGUCAAAGGCACAGGUGGCCGUCGAAGAUACCGAAAAAGGACAGUCAUCGGUGAUUGACCUAGAAAAGAAGAUGUCUGUACAUGAAUUUUUACCCAAUGAUCAGGGCAGCCUCGAAGUAGCUGCACUAGUUGACGACGGUGUCAUCGAUAAUUCUGCAACGAUCAGAGACUGCAAUCAUGACGUGUGCUCUGAUGAACGAAAGCCGCCUCUUAUCAACGAGGACGGCUCCGUAAACAUGGCACGACUCCACGCUAUAAUUCACAAACUACCGAAUUGGAAACAGCUAAGGGUGGUAUUGAAAUUGAUGUCAAUUAUGGGUGACCCUAUAGCAAGUUUUCCGGAAAUAAUCGAACUGAAUAAAUUGCGGAGGUGGUACGAAAUACGGAUAAACGGAAACCGACACAUUACGUCGAAAAUGAAACAAAAUCUGAUGAUACAGUCGAUAAACGCGUGGAGUGUUCCACGGACCAAACUGAAGUCCGUUCAAGUACCACAGAACCCAAUACAAGGUAAGGGCAACAUCGGUGCGAUGAAAAUUACUUGGGAUCGAGUGGACGAAAUGAAACGCAAAAUCAAGAAGACUAAAUCUGAGUACCUUUUCAAACUCAAAAGAGUGUCGAUCAACAACGCGAGGACAAUGUACCAGACUAUGUAUAAUGACUAUUGCAACACCCGUUUGUGCAAAAACUUUAAACAGUCGUAUUACGAUUAUUUCCCAGCAAAAGAGGACGAUUGCUUGUUCGAGUAUGUCGCCGAUCGAAAGAUCACCAAAUAACAACUUUAACUUAAAAACGUGAU